AUGGAAGAUCUUGUGCGCAAGUUUCAAUGUCUUUCCCAAGAAUGGAACAAGAAGAACCAUGAUUUAACUGCUUGCCAAGAAAAACUGGAAAAGUUGACGCUUGACUUGACGCGUUUUUGUUAUAUGCCAAAUCGUGAAACAUUCGCCUCUAAAAGGGAGCUUCUCAUUGCACGUGAUACCCUGGAGAUUGGCGCUAUUUUAUCUCUCGAGAAACGUGAUAUGGCUGCCUUCGAACGUUAUAUGUCACAAUUGAAAUGUUACUACUGUGAUUACAAAGUCAAUUUGCCUGGUUCUCCUUACAAAUAUGAAUUGUUUGGGUUGAAUCUGCUACGCCUACUCGCACAAGGAAGAUUGGCUGAGUUCCACACAGAAGUUGAGCGUUUAUCAUCAGAAGAAAUUAAUGCAAAUGCCUACAUCAAGCACCCACUUUCAAUGGAGCAAUACUUGAUGGAGGGUAGUUUUCAUAAAGUGUUCCUCUCUAAAGGAAAUGUUCCAUCGGAACGUUACAACUACUUCAUUGACAUCCUCCUAGAUGCUACUAGAGAUGAAGUAGCUUCGUGCAUUGAAGUUGCCUACGAAGAGCUCUCCGUUGAAGAAGCAACUAAGGCGCUAUUUUUUACCAAACCAGAACAAAUGAAGAUCUAUGCGAAACAGCGUCAGUGGACUCAGGUUAACGGCAAGUAUGUGUUCGCGAAGCCUAAUAAGCAGACUGAAAAUGCACUACCUGCUACUGACCUGGCGAAAAUUCUUCUUUAUUAUACUCACGAAUUAGAACAAAUAAUAUAG